AUGCCGAAGGCACGUAAAGGCUCAUCAAAGAAGUCCAAAUCUCGCAAAAGGCCCGCCGCCGCCCAAGACGAAGGCUGGUACACCAUUAGGCGCAUUCUUGAUGAGAGGACCGUAAAAGGUCGCGUCGAAUACCUGGUUGACUGGGACGAUAAUACCGUCACCGGGCAACCUUAUGAUCCGACUUGGAGCUCUGAGGUUACAAGUAUUGCCAGAGUGGAAUGGGAAAAGGUCAAGGCUCGGCGUCGCGGAGAGGACUAUCAGCUUGAACAGCAGCUUGAGCAACAGCUUGAACACCACUUUGAGCCGGGACCAGGGCCGGACCCGGAGCUAGACCCGGAGCAACAUCUGCAAGAUCGCCAGCAGCCAGAACAGUCAAGCGAACAGGGGCCAGAAGCGCAACCAGAGCCCACAUCAGAUCAAGAGAGCGACAACAGCCAACCGCCGCGGCCUGCUCAUCAGCGGCGCAUCAACAAGGCCGGCUCAAAGAAGCGGCGACGCUCAGCCUCCUUGAUUUCAUCAUCUUCCACCUCAUCCCCUAUUCGGCCCCGUAAAGCCCCCAGGAGUGACACCUGCGGAUCUCUAUAUGACGAGCCUCUAGCAUCUCUCGUAUCGUCACCUUCAAUCUCUACACCCUCCGAACUCCCGGAGCUGCCAGACGUAGAUCUCUCAGAACAUCGUUCGCGAGCUACGUCUCUGGUGGUGGUAGAGAUCCCCAAGAACUCGAAUCUUAACCCGGCUGAUUACUUGAGUGUCCUCGGGUCGCAAUCAAGCGGCAAGUCUACGCAGUCGCUGGCCGAACUUGAAAACGAAGACAGCCGCGUCGCCAUUGCGCGAAACAGUCAAGGAACUGUCCCAGAUUCGCAGGAAAUUACAGAUCGAUCUUGGACCCAGCAGCAUAUUCCAGCCGAAUUGCCACCAUCUUCUAACCGAUUGAUUGAGUCCCAACUUCAAGACAUCGUACCCGAAUCUAGUUCUCACGCCAUUCCGGACUCUUUCGAGGCACCUUCAAAACCGAUAUCACAGGAACCUGAUAAGGAAAACGAAGAGCGACACGAAUCCUCUCUGUCUAAUCAUAAUUCCACUGAUACAGCAUCCGAGGACCGCAUUCAAGAGUCCCAUGCGACUGUCAGUUCAGAUAUUCCUUCUCGCCAGCCCGAUCAGUUAAGAGAGGUCCCAGGAGCCGGCAGCCCAGUUCUGUCUGAGUCGUUAUCACACAAUACGCCCGAUUCCCGUAAUCGGCAGCCUCUAGCAUCAUCAGGGUCCGCCAGAUCUAUAAAUACACAACCAGAAGCAAGCCCCCGGUUUCUUAGUCAACCAUAUUUUGCAACCGUAUUAGAGAACCCAGAGAGCUCUAUACCUAGUCGAAUCUUCGAAUCACCUGCUCAUCCCACUGCGGAGAUUGCCUCUUCUUACAGCUCUGGCACUCUAUCUGCGUCGGACCAAGGGGUUUCUCAAGCUGCUCAGAUAAUUUCACGCGAUUUCGAGGCACCGAUACAACAACUUACAGAGAGUAAAUCUCAAGAAAGUCCAGCCCAGUCUAGCUCAAAUCGCCGUCGUAUCAGCGACGAGAAGGAUCACACUCAUAACCCCGCCUCACCUCGUCCCCGAGAGGCUGCCGAUCUCCUGCCACCGCAAUCAGCCCCGGCACGCUUUGUAGGCCAUCCUGGAGGCAUCUCAGGCUCACCAGCGAACCCAAAAACCCCUUUUAAUCCAUAUAAAGGCCAAAAGAUGGAAAACGAGACUCCAGAGCAAGCCAAGGAGAGGCGAACCGAGGAGAGGGUUCGCGCACAAAUGUUGGACCUCUUCCACAUGGAGGCGUUUAACAGCGAGGCUGGUUCUACGUCCCAGCAGAUACCACUCCACCAGACUUUGGCUGAAGAACCCGCUGAGCACCAUGCACCGUUAGAGAAAGGCGUAUACAAUACGUACACUGAGCUACCUGUUCAUUCGGCAGAUUUGCCUCGCGGCGCUCAAACGCCCGGCAGCAAAGAGAAAGAACAAGCCGGAAAUACGGCAACUGCAGCUGCAACCGAAAGUACGGGAGACGAGAGGGACACAACGACCUCGACAUUUGGACCACAAGUCUCAACCCCACAGGAGCCCGUCGCCGCAGAAGUGGCAGACAUAUAUGGUUCAGCUUUUGUCGAAGCGGAGCUGGAGCCACCACCUGUGGCUGCCCCAGAGUUUAUCCUAGCACAGCAAUCUACAGUCUCCCUUGCUGACAUCAGUCGACAACCAGAGCCAGCAUACAAAGACAUCCCUCUGGUGUCUUUUAUCAGCCCGGAUGAAACUAUGAUGCAAGAACCUUCAACCGAUACUGCUCAUUCGGAGCAGGUUCAACGCGAGCCUAGUCCCGCCGAAUCAUCGGUAUCUUUCGCCCCUUCAGCAGCGGUAGAACAUAUUGUGACACUCCCUUUCCAAGCAAGCUUGCGUCAGAGGUACAAAGACACCAUAGGCGAAUUUAGGCCUUCGAUCAUGGAGUUUAACAAGUCUUUUAUCGGGGAGGACUACUCGGAGCCAGACCAGCUCCUGGUCGAACGCAUUGACGAGUUAUUCAACAUUUUGUUGAAUAUAUGUGAUUAUCCCGAAGAUGUGGUGGGGAGCGGCCUCGAAACUCUACCUCCAGCAGAGCUAGCCAAAUAUUGCUGUGAUGCCAACCCCAAGUUCAAUUUCAUCUUUGAACUUCUGAGCGGCAUUAUAGGACACCACUCAAACAUUUUAAUAAUCGCUCGCUCUCCAGACCUCCUCCGACUCCUUUGUCAUUUAGCAGAAGCUCUGAAGAUGCCUUUCAGUUGCGAUACUAUUGGUGAAUCGGAUCUCUCAUCCGGCGAUUCAUCCAGUUCUAAGCUGGUUCUUGCUCUUCCGGCUGAUGAUAUCGAUGCUCGGGAGUUCGAUAUCGUGAUUGGAUACGACCAUUCUUUUAGGCACUCGUCCAUUGCACAAGGGCUAAGGAGCCCCGACAACACCAGACGGCAGCUUAUUUUGGUUCUGGUUACAACUCAUUCAAUUGAGCAUAUUGAUCUUCAAAUACCAGACGAUUUGACUCUAAUAGAACGAAAGAGCGUCCUGACAUCUGCAAUCGUGCGCGCCCGGAAUCUGGUGGCCAGUCCCGAACGCGGCUACCAAGAGCCACAUGAGAUUGCCGCCUUCUUCAUAGAAUAUCUCGAAAGCGAUCAAGACACGCCUCUAUGGGAUGCGAUUCCUGUGCCAGAUGAUAUUCUUGACGUGUAUGAACAUUCCCAAUCGCGAUCACAAAUGCCGGCAUUUCCCCAUCAUGAGCAGGAAAGCGGUCGCAAACGCAAACAUAACGAAUCGGAUGUUUUUGAGACGAAGAGACCACGGGUGCUUUCUACAAGUGAGGCGAUAGCAGCGAUUGGAACAGGCCAGGCUCCAGUAUCCGAUGAAGUGAAAGCUAUGCUGGCUCAGUAUACCACCGCAAUAGGGGAGUCUUCUCGACGACAAGUAUCGAUCGAUGUCCCCCUUACAUCACUACAGAAAAUGGCUGAAAUGUUUGCCGAGUACGAGCGUCGCCUAGAAGCUGCUGAUCGCGGCGCAGAAUAUCAAGAUGUGAUUUCACGCCUCGAGAAACGGGUCAAGGAGUACGAGAGAACAACGCACAGAGUGUACGAGGCCAAGCGUGCUGCGCUGCAAGACCGUACUCAAUUUGAAGCCGAAAGGCAGAAAAUGGAGAAAGCCAUGCAAUCUGCUGCGGUCCAAUCGGAGAAGGAAGCUGAGAAAGCAAAGAAAAUCAUUACGGAGCUGGAAGCUGCUGUGGCGCGGCUGACAGAAGACCCAACUUCUUCCGAUCCACAAAAUACACCUUUGGCAAAAACCGAGACGCUUCUACACGAUACCCAGUCCAAAGUUUCUGUUCUUGAGAAGCGGCUGGAGAAUGCCCAGAGUGAGGCAGACUACAUUCGGACUCAGUAUCAGGAAGCUUCCUCGGUUGCUUCUAGGCUGCAAACAGAAAACAACCAGCUAAUAAGCCAAAACGAGGAACUUGCCAAGAAGGCUUCCGAAAACUCGGUCAAGAUCCACGAGAUCCAGGAGCGAGAUACUAUAAACACAUACAUUGCACAGGUUGCAGAGCUCAAGCAACAGAUCCAACUGAGGGAGAGGGAGCUAGAGCUUGCCAAUGAUGAGCUUCGACAGCUCAAGAACGGACGGCGAGAGACCCGACAGUCUAGUGUACCACGGAGUCCACGCAUGGGCAUGCUAAGCCCGCUUACUCGAACAAUGGGGGGCCCAGGUAGUAGGGGGGCCAGCCCGGCUCUGGGAGCUGGUAUUGAAGGGAUGCAGCUCUACGGGCAGCAGUCAAGAAACAGCAGAUACGAUCAUUUGAGAUAG